CGCAGCUUAACUGGUGAGAAAUCAGAUCGUGAUGUUGCGUUGAGGUAAUGGAGUGGAGGGGAUGUGGUCGAUUCCAAACCCAAAUAUUCGGACACCAUAUUGAUUUAAGCCGAUAACAACGGACAGUGAGUCGGCUUCAUACGCCUUGGGAAGGGGGACGAGGUCAUUUUGCCGACGACUUCAUACUUUUUUGGAGGCCUCGGGGAAAACACAUAACGUUAAGCUAACGAUAAGUAGCCACUAUGUCGUGGGAAGAAAUGCCGUGUUUUCUGGCCUCGCCUCUGAGCUCACCUCAAUCCCGCUCGCCUGCUCUCUGAUCCCGCUGGUCAACAAAAACAAGCAGAGGUAACUUCGCACUCAGCUGCCCGAUGCAGCUAGCAGCUAGCAGCUAGCAUUAUACAUUAGUAAACACCGACGGUUUUACUCAGCGCUCGUUAGCUUGCGAGUCAUGGCAGACAGCUUCGGAGAGCAGUCCAGUGGCAGUGCCCAUGGCUUAGGCGUUACCGGACAGGGUAGCGGAGCUUCGCUGCUGCCGACUUUGGCCAACUCUUUACCGGUGGGACACCCGGCAACCAGCAGUGCUCACACCAGCUCCAACCCGGCCUCCCCACCUCCCGCUGCGGCCGCGCAAAUUGGCCUCACCGCUCUGGUGCCCCCCAUGUCCGGUGUCCCCGCUACCACAGCCGGUUUUGGCAACUCAUUCACCCCCGGCUCCUUACUGCCGGUCGUGGCCGUGUCUCCAUCUGUACACGCCUCCUCGGUUCUUCCCGGUGUUGGGCUCGGGCUCGGCGGGGUGGCAGGAGCGGACCUUCUGUCCCACAUCCACGCCACUUCCUGGGACCCGACCCUCAGCACGGACUGGGACAACGAGAAGGCUUCCCAGCAGUGCAUCCUGAGGAUAAAGAGGGAUAUCAUGUCCAUCUACAAGGAACCUCCACCAGGGAUGUUUGUAGUCCCCGAUCCUCAAGACAUGACCAAGAUCCACGCCCUGAUCACGGGGCCGUUCGACACGCCGUACGAGGGCGGCUUCUUCCUCUUCCUGUUCCGCUGCCCCCCCGACUACCCCAUCCACCCACCGCGGGUCAAGCUCAUCACCACCGGACACAACACCGUCCGCUUCAACCCCAACUUCUACCGCAACGGCAAGGUCUGCCUCAGCAUCCUGGGGACAUGGACAGGCCCAGCAUGGAGCCCAGCCCAGAGUAUUUCAUCUGUCCUCAUCUCCAUCCAGUCUCUGAUGACGGAGAACCCCUAUCACAAUGAACCUGGCUUUGAACAGGAGCGCCACCCAGGGGACAGUAAGAACUACAAUGAGUGCAUCCGCCAUGAAACCAUGAGGGUGGCUGUGUGUGACAUGCUGGAGGGCAAAGUCCCGUGUCCUGAAGCUCUGUGGAGUGUGAUGGAGAAGUCCUUCCUAGAGUACUAUGAUUUCUACGAGGGCGUCUGCAAGGAGAGACUGCAUUUACAGGGACAGAACAUGCAGGACCCGUUCGGGGAGAAGCGAGGCCGCUUCGACUACCAGGGUCUGCUGGCUCGCCUCAGCGCCACCCACAGGCGGGUACGUGAGAAGAGCCUGGCAGAGGACGAGCACAACGACGAGGACUCAGACUCAGACACCAGCUCCACGGGGACGGACCCAGACAGCCAGGGCAGCUCCCAGCCCUGACUCCCCCGGACAGUGCUGGACUCAGAGCCGGGCCAAGAACUUAAGGAAAAAGGGACCUUCUUUUUUUGUGUGUGUGUGUGUGUGUGUGUGUGUGUGUGUGUGUGUGUGUGUGUGUGUGUGUGUGUGUGUGU